CCGGCGGGGCGGCCCAGCCCGGCUCGGCAGCGCCCUCCGCUCCCACCGGCCCUGCCCCAGCCCGCGGGAGGCGACCGGGGGCGACCAGGAUGCCCCAGAAGCGCCGCUUUGUCCCACCAUGUCGGUCUCCAAGCUGCAGGACACGGACGAGGUUUUUGAUUUUACCGCUGUGGUUCCAGAGACGCCGCGCCUGGACAGCAGCCUGCACAAAGCCCGGGCCCGCCUGCUGGCCAAGGGCCGCCGCCACCGGCCCUCCCGCUCCCGCCUGCGCGACAGCGCCAGCUCCACCGAGGGCGACGAGGGGGACACCGCGGGCACCGAGGGCGAUGGCAGUCCCCCGACCCCCUCGCCCUUCUCCCGUGCCGGCGACUUCUCCUUCGACGGGGGGGCGGGGCGGGCGGCGCUGGGGGAACCCCCGGCCCCCACGACCCCUCUCAGCCGCUACCGGCCCCUCACCAACACCUCGUCCCAGGAGGGGCUGUCAGGCCCCGCUGUGCCCAAAUCCUGCCCCAGCUCCGACAGCUCCCCUGGCUUCGCCCGCCGCGAUGCCCGGCCCCGGCAGCACAGCGAAGAUGACAGCAGGGACAUGAGCCCCCCCGAGCCCGCCAGUCCCACCGUGGGGCUGGACAAGAAAACACGGAGGAAGUUCUUGGAUUUGGGGGUGACCCUGCGCCGGGCGUCCUCCGGCAAGAGCCGCAAAGAGAAGAGCAGCAACCGCCUGUCCACGGGCAGCAGGGAGGCGGCGGAGGGUCCCGGCCGCCCCUCGGGCUCCCCCUUCCUGCCCUUCUCGUGGUUCUCGGACAGCGCCAGGGGCUCGGGCUCCCCCGGCUCCGCGUCCCCCUGCGGCUCCCCCCGGCACGAGGGGCUCAGCCCCGCCAAAUCCGCCUCCCAGGACUCGACGCUGAGCGAGGACUCCCCCCCACCCAGCGCCAGCCCCCGCCUGCCCGGACCCCCCCGCGCCAAGUGCUCGUACCCCUACCACACCCUGUCCCAGUCCUCGGACGAGUUCCUGGAGGAGCCCCCCGGCGCGGCCGCGGGCUGGACGUGCCAGCAGGUGGGGCAGUGGCUGGAGAGCCUGAGCCUGGAGCAGUACGUGCAGGACUUCUCUGCCCACGGCGUGGACGGGCCCCGGCUCCUGCACCUCGACGGGGCCAAGCUCAAGGCACUGGGGGUGGGCAGCUCCCAGGACAGGGCGGUGCUGAAGAGGAAGCUGAAGGAGCUGAGCCUGGCGGCCGAGAGGGAGCGCAAGGCCCAGGAGAAGGCGGAGAAGCAGCGGGAGAAGCAGAAGAAGAAGGACCUCCAGGAGCAGCGGCGGAGUUAAGGGAGGGCCUGGGAGUGCCCCUGCACCCCCUCCCCAACCACAGCCCCCCCGGGACGCCCCGGGGGACCCCCGUGCGUGGGACACACUGGCGUGGCUGAGGGACGGUGCCAGGCUGAG